GAAUAGCAGGGGUUGCGGAAGAAGGAAGAAGUGUAGAAUUGAAGGUAGAAGAUAUGAGUCAGAAGGCAACACCUUUGGCUUCUCCUGGUCACGGGCACAGACGUUCCACGCACAAGAGACGAAAAAGCACGAAGGAGAGCAAAGAGGAAACAAAGCAAACAAGUGGGCCAUCCGGAACAGCUGCUAAUUCUUCCACGGCGGAUACACCUGUAGAAAAGUCUCCAGGGGCUCCCGCCGACGGGGUCAUUCAAUUGGAAUUGCCUGUAUACCCCGGUGCCUGCCCUCGAGGAUUGGAGUAUUUGUGCUUACUGGACCAGGUUCUCGUUCAUCAGAAGAUCGAACUCCUUGAAGCACUCACGGGGUUCGAAACAGCGAACAAGUACGUGGUAAAGAACAACCAAGGACAGUUUGUCUACUUCAUGGGGGAGGUAAGUGAAUGCUGCGCCCGGAACUGCUUCAAGAUGACUAGAUGCUUCGAUAUGUUCAUGCUGGACUUCGCGCACAACCUGCUGAUGUACCUUGUUCGACCCAUGCGCUAUAGCCAAAGCUGUUGCUGCUGUUGCCUCCAGACAAUGGAAGUUCAGAUCCCUGCCGGUGUGGUCGCCGGCUACCUGCACCAGAUAUGGACGCCUUGGUCCCCCUGUAUCGCCGUCUGCAACGCCCAAGGUAAAGCGACGCUCUGGGUCGACGGCCCCUGCAUCACAACCGACUGCUGCUUCCAGGACGUCGUAUAUCGGGUAAAGACUAAAGAUGACACUCAGAUCGGUCUCAUCAUCCGGCAGUAUCCAGGUGUCCUGAGGGACGUUUUUACAGACGCCGAUAAUUUCUCAGUUACGUUUCCGGUGGACUUGGAGGUUACUCACAAAGCCAUGCUGAUUGCCUGCACCAUACUUCUGGAUUACAUGUACUACGAAGACCGCGACCGGAAGCGGCGCGACGACACCAGUGGAGGAGUUGGAGCAGUUCAAGGAGUUGACGCGUUGAACAGCAUCGUAAACUAAAGGGACGCCGUCGGAAAGUUAUGAAUCUUGUGUGAUGCGCUUCAAGCCAAGACUUCUUGAACGCCAAAUGCAGCUGAUGCAGCACUGUGAUCCGGACUUACUCUGCACUUAUUUCUAAAUUUCGUUACUAUCUAUGCAUAUUUUCAAAGUAGUAAUUGCCCAAUCAUCUCACCGCACUGUACCCCUGCAUGGUGUAAACUUGCGUAAAAUCCAAGUGGUUGAACCAGGGCUGUUCCUUUUCAGCUUCACGCGAUUUUUUUCUUGUGCCGUAUAUGGCUUAUUAUAUUCCACUAUGUGCCUUUCAUAUUCCAGGCCAGAGAUGCAUAUUUGAUUUUCAAGAUACUGUGCAGCCAAUUAUUUUGCGAAACAUUGUUUGUUGGGACUUGCAUUGUAUCUCCGGAGAGUAUGCCCCAAAAUACAGGUGAAUGUGUGGUCA